AUGACCAAACCACGGCGGCAGCACGGCGCGAUGCGUCAGCUCGGUGCCAUCAAUAAAAUCCUCAGACCAGAGCCUCAAGCACAACAUAGAAAUCUCAUUUCAGAUCCAGACUCCCGCUCUGGAGCACAAUACGAUCGAAGCCAGGAGUCUCGCGGGCGCGCCUCGAAGUAUCGUGCAAGUCACCGACAAGAAGGCGCCCGCCAGGCAGAACACAAUGUUUCAGAGCAAACACAGCCACGCCAGCCUACGAAGCUCCAGAGCCGUAUCAAACGCGAUGGAGAGAACCAACACUCUUCACCGGCCGGUCGCUUCAGUCAAAGCCAACACCCCCGCGGCGCCCAGCCCCACUUGCACUCGCCGGAGCAAGAGCGACCACGUAGUUCGGAAGGUGUUCAAACGAAAGGUCCAAAGCCACAUGAACACAACAUCAAGUUCUUACCAAGACUAGAGGCUUCAACCAAGGACAACAAUGGCAGUCGAAUGGGCUCAGAGAAGCGGAAGAGAUCGAGAGUCGGUGUUGGUGAUGAGGGUCGACGCAAUCAAGGCAGCAAGAGGCACCAGACUGUUCGUCCGAAUGCCCUGCAACUUAAGCAGCAGAUUCACUGCCCGACGGCAGUUCGCAGCAGCAGCGCCAUAGAGCCCGCAGAUGCCUCUACCAUACCUACCGUCAAGUGUUCCGGGCGAACAGUUCGCAAGGUGCAUUCGCAGCAGCCGAGUCCGCCUUCUAGCAAUGGUACUCCAAAACCUGAGUGUCACCCUCAAGACCUCAAAAAAAUUACUGUCGUUGAGUCCAGGAACACCAGGCCAUCUAAGCCAGGUGAGAGGCUUUCAGGACAGCGGACGCCGCCAGUACCAAAGACCGUCACAGCCUUACGUGAAGGGUGUAAGAGCAUUGGAGUCAGAGGUUUCGAACUGGAAGGCAGGCUUGCUGUAAGCGAACAGGCAGCGAAGUCACCAUUGUCACCAAACACGCGGAAAAUUGCGUGUCAGACACAAAUAUUGGACGUGACCCUGGCAGUUUCGACCCCGAGCUGUACAACCCCACAGAAGACGAAGCGGCAAAGGGACGGCACAGAUGAUGCAGAGCCUGUAUACAAGCGAUUGCGUCAGGCGCGCAGUUCCUCUCCGUUUUCUCCCCUGUGCGCGAAGAAUGAGUGCCCAGCAUCGGUAGCAGAAGGAAUUCAUCGAGCUUCUCCAGGCGUCACAAAGCUGCCAACAAAGCAUCGCUCAUCUCUACAACAGCCUCAGGCACGAGCGGUGCCAUUCGAUGAAUUGUUUGCUCCUGUCGCUCCUAAUCCAGAGUGCGACUUCAAGAUCCUCGAUUAUGAUAACGAGAGCGUACCGGUCUUGUAUAGUGGGCUGAUAGACCACUCCGACAGUACCAAGCUGCUCAACUGCCCACCAGAAGAGCUUGUCUUCGAUGCGCUCGACGCUAUUGAGGCGAGCUUGAGGCCAUUCUCAGAGUACGGCUGGCCCACUGCAAUCGACCUAUUGGGUCGUACCCCAAGUAAAGAAAGCCCAACCAAGGUACUGAAUGAUGUCGACUUAUACCUCCACAAGAAGGACGGUAAGCUAUAUGUCGCCACCGACCUGGGCCUGAUUAUCACUGCAGAGUAUUUGAAGCUCAUCGAUGUCCCUGAGACGCAGCCAGUCAGGUUCGAUGGCCGUAUACCUCCAUGGGCAAAAGUCGCGCUGCGGGCGCGAGAGAAGCGUAAAGUCGUCCAGAUCUUUGGCAGGCUCAGGAAGAUUAAAAAGAUCACAGCACAAGGAGACCUAGAAGCGACAGAAACUAAACGGAAAAAUCCAGAGGCAACCGCUGAAGCAGCGAAGAAGGUUGAAGCCCGCGAGACCUCUCAACUACACCAGAUGGCAGACGAGAACGUGGAAUACGAAGAAAUCCUGGAAGCGGAGCGACCCGGUGGUCUACCGCUCCCGCUCGGCUCGUCGGUGAUCGUGUACAAGGUCGAUAACAACGAUCAAUGGGCCUAUGGGAGAUUAUGCGAUAGUGGUCAGAAAGGCUGGUUCCCUAUCUCACAUACAUGUCCAGUGGACUGGAGUCUAGACAGAUUUCCACGAUCGAGUACUGGAUUCCUCGAUAAGCCGUUGCCGAUGUCCCAAGAUCCAGAAGAAAAAGACUGGAACGGACUAUUAGAUUACAUUCGGCGGCAAGGGUUUCCAGUGGGUCCAACGUGGAAACAAACGUGCGCAGCGACGGCUUCCACUGCAGCUCGAACAUAUGCCAUCUCCAAAGCGAUUGCUGAUCUGAACACCACCCGCAGCUGCAACGCCGAUAUGUCGACUCCACCCGAGCUAGUAACGCUGGAAGCGACCAAGACUCCAUUAAAGCAACCUAGACCAGAGGUGGUACAACCUGCCGAGACUCACGUCGUCAGAAGCGAUGAUCUUCCGAUUGAACCUUUGCGAGAGGUUCCUACUACGGUUUCGACGAGAACGACGUUGACUACCGCAACGGACAUCUCAAAGAAUGGAGCUCAGAUCAGUGCAUCAGAUGAUAAAGCUACAAAGCGAGUAGGAGAUGCAAGCACCAAGGUUAUCCUUCCCAGGAAUACAGCACAGCCUGCUCCUAGAGUUUCUGAAGCCUCGGCACAAGCGGACAACAUGUCAGAAGCAGCGCAACCGGUAGUAGCUGAAGUUAUGACUGAAAAUGCCACCAUGCUUGGUAAAGAAGAGCAUGAACCUGCGUCUCGAACUGCAGCUUAUCAGCCAGAGCCUCAGGGACGACAGGAAGAUGGUCAGAGUGUUUCAUCAGCCUCGACACGCAACCCCUUCACUGUAUCGCGUUGCGAUCCUUUCGCGCGUAACGAUGACAUUGAAUAUGACUGGGAUGACAGCGAUGACGAGGAGUUGUAG